AUGUCUGCCUGGAAAUCGUCAAGCUUCAUACAGGAUAGCAGGAAACUGCCAGUCGAUCCGCAGGAUUUGGACUUUUUCAAGACCGUCCCAUCCUUACAGCAAUGGCUCGGCAACCCCCAUUAUUCCGUCGUCGGCACGAGCGCGCGCAUUCCCAGAGACGAUGGCGAGAACGAUCUGUUUGCCAUUACCCUCAAAACGACAUCGACGAUUCCCAAAUGGCUCCUCGUUGUCCGUGAUGAAGCAGUCGACCCUCGGCCUGACCGGCGAGAUGAACCACCCAACGGCUCUGCGGACAAGCCCGACAUCAUUCUGCUUGUCAACCUCGAACAGGGCACAAAUGGCUUCAAGGCUGUCGCUCAUGGAGGCCUGCUGAGUGCACUUCUUGACGAAACCUUGAGCUAUUGUGUGGAGUUUGCACGUCAAAGACGCUACGAGGCCAGAGAGCACCUCUUCACCGCGAAUCUGAACAUCGACUUCAGACAGCCCGUUGUCACUCCUGGCGUCGCCGUCAUCAAGUCAUGGGUGACGAAGGUAGAAGGUAGGAAGUAUUGGCUCAGUGGGCAGAUUGAGGGCGUAGAAGGUCAUGUCUGCGUGCAGGUGAAGGGACUCUGGAUAUCAGCACGACCAGGAAAGAUAUGA